AUGGAAGAGGAGUGUGAUAAGCCUGAGGAUGCUGUUGGUCGCUAUGUUACUUGGCUAGAAUAUGAGCAUCGUUGCAAGGGAAUAGAGAGAACUAUAUCGGGGCUUGGAAAGGCAUCAAAACUGGGCCAAGUGGGUAAUGAUUGGUGUUGGGAAGGUGGGGAUCGGGGUUGGUACGCUCUUAAGCUUUAUUACUUUGACGCCGAAGUCAGUACCAAAACGCAGCUAUACGCCAAAGAGGUCGUUCAAAAUGCCUCAGCGAAUACGAAACUCGAGAUUGAGAAGAGUAAGCUUGAGCUACAGCUAUAG